GCCAACGGUGGAAGCACAAGAAAGAGAGAAGAGCGAGGAGGAUUGCUGCUGAAAUGGCCUCCAAACUUGUGGAUCUGGUGUACUGGAGGAGUAUGUGGUGGACAGGUGUGGUGUUCACAGGACUGGUGAUUGGUCUGGCAAGUCUGUUCCAGCUCAGUGUCAUCACCGUGCUCUCCCACGUCUUCCUGGGUCUCAUGUGUGUCACCUUCCCCCUCCGUCUCUACUAUAAGCUGCUGGAGCUGCUGCGCUGGAACCCCGGGGUCCAUCCAUUCCAGUCGUGUCUGGAUUAUGACAGCACUCUGACAGACACGGACACAGUGAUGCUGGUGGAGGAGGUGGUGCUCCUCAUGGCGUUUGCUGUAACAGAGUUCAAACGCCUGGUUUUCAUCGACAACAUAUUUGACUCUAUUAAGUUUGUUGUGCUCCUGUAUCUGUUGUCCUACAUCGGUGUCCUGAUCAAUGGACUGACCCUGAUCAUAAUCGCCGUGAUUGCUGUCUUCUCUCUUCCUCUGCUAUACAAAAAGCAGCAGGUGCGAAUAAGGAGGAUAGUCAGAACAAUCAGAGGGUUUGUGAGGAAAAUCCAAAACAUGUGCCUCAGUCUGUAUCAUUCAGUGCGACCCUCUGCUGCUCCCGCCUCAAAACCUGCAGCUUCACCUGCCGUCAAACAGAAAACCAAGUCAAAGUAACACAUUUUUGUCACACACUGAACACAGCCAGCAUUUGGGAUUAGGAAACAAAGAAAAAAGUGCGAAUGGUUCACCCUCUGUGGGGCCCGUGACGGGGUAGCUGCUUAUCUCCGUCUCUGCACUGAGAUGUUUGUUCACGGGAGAGGAAUUAAUCCAUUCCGACAACUGAAACAACGCUAGCAUUCAAUAAAAGGGCCGGAAGUGGAAGAAAUUAAGCAGAGGAAUGUUUUGUUGGCGGAGUUUACAAUAAUCUCUUCACAAUACAACACUAUAUCACUGUUUUUCUCUGAUCAUUUUUACAUGAGCAAUGUUUUCCCAUGUAUCUGAGACAUGAUGCACAACACACUAGUAUUAUUGUUGCGUUUUUUAUUUUGCUUGAGAAAUGAAAGAAGGACUUUCACCUGGUAUUAAUGAACAUUCACAGAUUGCCAUGUAGAUGCAGAAUCACUGGCUUACUAUGAGCAGUUUAGAGUGACAUGAAUCCUAAAAUGAUGCUGCUCUCUGACAUAAAACACCAGCAUCCCUGCACUUCACACUUUUGGGAAAGCAGAUUAGAUCUUAGAUUAGAUUAGAUUAGUAGAGCUGAUGUUAACUGCAGAGUUGAAAGGCGCUUUAUUAAUAUAAGUUAUUAUUAUAAUUAGAGUUGUCUGAUAACAGUAUGUUGAUAAUAAGUCUUAUAUAAUUUAUAACUAUCUAACUACUCCUGUCUUAAUGAGUUGUGUGAACAUGUUUAACCGUCAGAGAAGAUUUCAGUACAUCAAAUAGCAACUUACACAUUUAUACAUUUGGCACUAAUUGAAGAUUAAUAUAAUAAUGAAUUAUAGUAAAUAUGUUCAUAAGUGUACAAUCACCUUUUUUUUUUUCAUUACCACAGAAUGAGCCUUUUAUAUUUAUAUCAGGAGACCUCACAUGGAGAGGUGCAUUUGUUACGAUUAAUUAUGUGAAUAUUUAAAGUUGCAUUGUGUACCCUUUGGUGAUUUUUUUGUUGCUGUUGUUAAUUGUAAUAUUUUGCCUCCGUUUAGUCAUUAUGAACAGAGAUGAUGUAACAUUGUCUGAAAACCGGCUCUGUCAUGCAAACCUAUCAAACCUGACUGACGAAGUGUUUGUGUGUGUAUGCAGCAGCAGCGCAGGGCAGGUGGGAACAAGAAGGAUAUAUCCCAUUAAACUGCUAAAUCACUGGGUUCUUGAGCAGUAGCAUUCACUUCUGAAACAACUUGUUCGCAGCCAUCUUGCUUUUAUAGUGUCGCAUGUGUCUGUUUUUAUGUGCAUAUUUUUAUUGCUCUUUAAAGUUCUACGUCAUUUCUUUCAAAAUAAAUGAGUACAUAAUGAUGA